AUGUGCAAAGAUCAAGGAGUCGUCGGCGAACAAUGGUUAGAAAGUGUCCACACCUGCUUCGUGUGCAAGAAGCGCAGCGAGGACGUGCGGCGCUGCAUGAUUCCCGUGUGCGGGAAGUUCUAUCACGGAGAGUGCAUUGCAAACUACGCUCCAACCGCUCCGGUGAACCGAGGUUUCCGCUGCUCCAUCCACGUCUGCCUCACUUGCUUCAUCGCCAGCCCCAACAGCUCGUCCAUCUCCAAAGGUCGCCUGGUGCGAUGCGUUCGCUGCCCGGUGGCGUACCACGCCACGGACCUGUGCAUGGCGGCGGGCUGCGUGGUGCUGUCCAACAACAGCAUCAUCUGCCCCAACCACUUCACACCCCGCCGCGGCGUCAAGAACCACGAACAUGUUAACGUCAGCUGGUGCUUCGUCUGCACCGAAGGUAAAACGCCUCAUUCAACGAACACGCUGAGGAUUUUUAUAUUCUUCGAAAUACAGUAG